AUGGGUGAGGAUGAGAGCCUCAAAACUUCCCACACCGUGCUCAAAGCCUCAGUGCCACAGAACACUCCGGGGAAAAAUGGGAUUCCGAAAUGUGGAACAGUGGAAUCUGCUACUUCAUUAUUCAUUGGACCGGCGGAGAUGGAAAUGGGUUCAACUCACCAGUGUGAUGUCUCUGACGAAAGCGCCAUGGAAUUUUGCGUCCAACACCAUGUCCUUGUUGUAGAUAAUAUCCUGGACCGUACCACGAGAGCAGAACUUCCACAGUAA